GCAGUUUCGUCAAUGAAUUUCGCAAUAUCAACACAUGCACCUAAACAAUGUUACAUCUGAUAAUCCGUUAUAUAACAGGCUAAUGAAAAAUAAAUAUAAAAUUUGUGCUGAUAAGAAAAAGUAAAAUGUUGAGGGAAGAUGUGGAAAUAGAGGAGCGGUGGAGGUGGGAAACAAAUCCAGUCAAAGACAGGGAGUCGAGAAGAAAAACACCGAGCCGCUCCACAUAAUAACCCCAUUAUAAGCCUCAUCAAUGAUGUAAUGAAAGCAAACAGUGUGAAAAUUGCCUGUAAACAGUUGGAUCUAAGUCUCCUGAUGAAUUCAGUGUCUCUUUUAUCAAAGUGAGGAUGAGCCAGGGAGGAGAGGAGAGGAUGGGAGAGGCAGGGAGGCAGGGUGGGAGGCAGAGUGAGUGGGCGUGUAGGGAGGUCCACUUCCAGCUCCCCUCAGCCAAUGAAGGCUUGUCACAGGGGACUCACGUGGACGAGGCGCUCUUAAAACCCUAGCUCCUGACUUUUCCUCAAGUUCAAUUUUUUGGGAUUCCCUCCCACCCUCAUCACACCUCGUCCUUUUACUUGCCAGUUGUGACUAUUUAACCCAGUUUACCUCUCCUUUUUUUCGCUUCUGCGGCGCGCGUCGCAUCGUCCCGCGUCUUCCUCUUUUCCUGCUUUCUAUUGCUGCUGCAGCUCUCGGACUCCUCUCUCUCUCUCUCUCUGAUUCGUGUUUUUACGGUUUUGUUGUUCUGCUUAAAAAGAAUGCGGACAGUUUUCAUCCGUCGUCUGUGUGGCCGCAUGACGAGCUGCCCUCAACACUGUGCGGUCCUCUCUCAGGUCUGACUCGGCUGCAGGCCUACCUGUCCAUGGUGCUGAAACGCGUUUCCCCCCGAAGACACCGGUGCGCUGCUGCUGCUGCCGCUGCUGCUGCUCUAACAUUUCCAGAUAUAGUAAUUAUUUCUGCAUCGUUUCGUGUUCUGCAGUUGAGAUCAUUUCAGCAAUAACUGGUCCAGCUUGCCGGCGAGGCUUCUGAACUGAAAACAGAAGGAGGUUGGUCCUGAAGGAAGCAAAAAGAAUCGAUUACGACUCUCCCAAAAGAGACUACAGCGGCUGAAUCGAUUUCUGGAGGACUCGCUUUUUUUUUGUCAAGUCUAGAAAGACAAGAACAUCGGAUGCAUUGACGAUUCUUAUAACGCAACUUAGCCUGGAGAUAUUUUCUCUUUAAAAGAACCAGUUGGGGAACUGGAAAUAGCGGAUGAAUAAUCUCCAUUUGUAGCGUAUCCAGAAAAUUUUUUUCUUGGUGCGGGGAGGGGGGUUCUUUUUCCUCUGCUGGAUCAACUGAGACUUAAACCCCCCCCCCCUCCCAAAAAUAAAACUUGUCCUGAAUACCAAAUGGUAGUUUGAGGAGGCCUCGAUCAAGACAAUGGAGGCGUCCGCCAACGGGUCCAGUUUUGGCAUCGACUCGCUGCUGUCCCACAGGCCUGGAAGUCCGGUGUCCAAAGGGGACAGCCUGGUGGGGGAGUGCCGCUCGCCUCUGGAGUUCAGCCCGAGAUCAGACGUGGAGAGCGGCUGCUCGUCGCCUCCAUCUCCGAGGAGGGAGUGCGUGGAGGAGGUGGCCCAGAGGCAAGGUCACGGCGUCGGCCUGCCGCAGCACCUCCAGCACGCGCAGAUAUCGGCGGGGUCGCAGCAGAGGACCGUGACCUCGUCUUUCCUCAUCAGAGAUAUUCUCGCGGACUGUAAGCCUCUGGCCGCCUGCGCGCCCUACUCCAGCAAUGGACAGCCGACUCAGGAGGCGGGGAGGCUGGCCUCGAAGAUAGCGGACGACUUUAUGGAGAAAAUCCACAGCAACUCGUCGUCAGACAGUGAAUACAAAGUGAAAGAGGAGGGGGACAGGGAGAUCUCCAGCAGUAGAGACAGCCCCCAGGUCCGGCUGAAGAAGCCCAGGAAGGCCCGGACGGCCUUCACUGACCACCAGCUGGCCCAGCUGGAGCGCAGCUUCGAGCGGCAGAAGUACCUGAGCGUCCAGGACCGCAUGGAGCUGGCGGCCUCCCUCAACCUCACCGACACACAGGUCAAGACCUGGUACCAGAACCGGAGGACAAAGUGGAAGAGGCAGACGGCGGUGGGACUCGAGCUGCUGGCGGAAGCUGGAAACUACUCCGCCCUGCAGAGGAUGUUCCCGUCCCCAUACUUCUACCCGCAGAGCCUGGUGUCCAACCUGGACCCCGGAGCGGCCCUCUACCUGUACAGAGGCCCCUCGGCGCCCUCGCCGGCCCUGCAGAGACCUCUGGUCCCGCGGAUCCUGCUGCACGGCCUGCAGGGGGGCAGCGAGCCCCCUCCGCCGCCUCCUCUGCCCCCCAUGCCCGGCGUGCUUCGGCCAGCUCAGCAGCGGUGAGCCGGCCCCUGCAGGGUUUUUUUUUUUUUUUUUUUUUUUUUUUGGUAGGCCGACCUUGGCAGCUUUGGACUCAGAAGAAAUUAAACAAACACAGAAAAAGAUAAAAAAAACGUGACGAACAAGAGAUAAAGAAAAAAAAAACUAUCCAUGGCCUUUAUAUGGUGCGAAAUGACCGAUGUAGGCUGAACCCUGUGGACGGAGCUUUGUGGCUGAAACUCGAACUGUCUGUGUGGAAGGAUUUUUUUCUGUUGGUAUUUUUUUUUUUUUUUGGGGACAUGAGCUUUAUUUAUAAUUUAUUUAUUUUUCAAUAUGAAUGAAAUCAUCUAAGUUAUGUAUUUAUUUAAUCCAAGUUUCAGUAUUUUCAGUGUUUUUCCCAACAACAGAUACAAUUGUUGGUGGCACUUUGACCUACAGUUCAAUGCCAAUUAGACCCCCUAUUGGCAUUAUUAUUAUUAUUAUUAUUAUUAUUAUUAUUAUGUGGACGUUCAUGGAUAGUGGCAAAGGCGGAAACGAACAGCCUUCCAUGUAAUUUGAAUAUAAUGUAGUUACAGGAUCCAAAGGAACAAUUAGUAAAUAUUUCUCUUUUUUCUUUCUAAAUCUGUCAUUGAUUUGUCUUUAGGCUACACGUGAAGAACAACACGAUCAGCAGUCAUAAACCUGUAAAUAAGAAUAAUUUUGCAUUUUAUUCGAAAGAGACUGAUUUUAAAGAAACUUUUUUUGUUGUUGUUGUUUGAUCUUCAAGUGUGUCUUUUUCAGACCACGGUGAUCCAGUUUAUCAACAAUAGGCUAGAUUAGCCGUCAGAAACUAUACAGGCGAACGAGUCAGAAUUAAAAAAAUGAAGGGAGGGGGAAAAAAAACACAACUUAUCUGUCUGAGAAAGGAUGGACUACCUGCCUGGACCCACAUAUAGGCACAACCACGAGAGCUACGGAAAGAAAGAAAUCUAUAUAAAGUCUUUUUCUUGUUCUUAGUUGAAGUUUUAGCGGAGUAAAAAUGUCAAGUAAUUUAUAAAAAGCAGUUUUAUCCCUGCAGAGGGGGACAUGGGGGACGCAAUCACCUCAGCAAUGUUUUUUUUUUGUUUUUUUUCCGAUAAACAAACCGAUCGGUCCACGUCCAGGUGUAACUGCCUGUUGAUUUGCUAUAGAUGUAUUUGAACAGACGUUGUGCAUUACUUAUGUUAUUUCAUAUGAAGCCGUGAUAACCCUUAAUUGUUAUACUCUCCUUUGGUGAAAAUGUAUAUUGCAGAUAUCAAACUUGUGGAGUGGUUCUCGUAUAUUUCCUGGAUCGUUUUUUUAUUUGGAUUUUUUUUUUUUUUUAUUU